AUGUUUAACUCAGUGAAUCUAGGAAACUUCUGUUCUCAAUCGCGUAAAGAGAGGAGUGCUGACUUUGGAGACAGAGCAGGUUGCGCUUCCAAUCUCUACCUCCCUAGCUGCACCUAUUACGUCCCAGAAUUUUCAACUGUGUCAUCUUUCUUGCCACAGGCCCCCUCUCGCCAAAUCUCCUACCCUUAUUCCACUAACCUCUCGCAAGUGCAGCCAGUUCGAGAGGUCUCCUAUGGUCUAGACCCCUCUAGUAAAUGGCACCAUAGAAGCAAUUACGCCUCGUGUUAUUCCGCGGAAGAUCUGAUGCAUAGAGAGUGUAUCCCGCCUUCCACCAUGACCGAAAUGCUAAUGAAAAACGAAAGCGUGUACAGCCACCACCAUCCCAGCUCUAACCAUCCUGCAUCUACGGGAUUCUACUCCAGCAUGAACAAAAACAGUGUCCUGCCCCAGGGCUUUGAUCGGUUCUUCGAAAAUGCCUACUGCGGGACAGAGAACCCGCCUGAGAACUGUCUGCAGAAAAGCGAGAGCAAACUGGAAUCCGACUCCCAACCCAGUGCACUAUCAUCCCGCGGAGAGCAAGGCAUAGACCCGGAAGACGAAGAGGAAAACACAAAUCCAGGGUCUUCAGCCUCGUCUUCUUCUGUCAACAAGGAAGGAAGCAAAAACAGCAACUCGAGUGCUCCCCGUACAAGAAAGAAGAGAUGUCCCUAUUCGAAAUUCCAGAUCAGAGAGCUAGAGAGAGAAUUUUUCUUCAAUGUCUAUAUAAACAAAGAAAAAAGGCUUCAGUUGUCUAGGAUGCUAAAUCUCACUGAUCGACAGGUUAAAAUUUGGUUUCAGAACAGAAGAAUGAAAGAAAAAAAAUUAAGCAGAGACCGCCUGCAGUAUUUUUCUGGAAAUCCCUUAUUGUGA